UACGCAACACAGCCUUUUGAAACAACAACAACAUGCCAGAAAUCCAACUCAAACACGUCGUGUCUUGCAGCACCGAGGACACCACUCACAAAGCAGACAACCUGCUGAUCUCCGACACGUACAGAAAGUGGAAAGCAGCACGAGAUGGGGAGAAGCAGAUCUCGGUCAUUCUGCAGUUCGAGAAGCAGGAGCAGGUGCACAGCAUUGAUAUUGGAAAUGAAGGGUCGGCUUUCAUUGAGGUGCUGGUGGGGAAUUCUUCAGCUGUCAGAGACCAGGACUAUGAGGUUCUCCUGGUCACGUCUUCCUUCAUGUCCCCCACGGAGAGUCGCAACGGCACCAACAUGAACCGGGUGCGUUUCUUUGCGCCUCACCAGCUGCAGAAGAGCUCGGCUCAGGAAAAGUGGGACAGAGUGAAAAUUGUGUGUAGCCAGCCAUACAGCAAGAACAUAGCGUACGGACUGGCCUUUGUUAAGUUUCAUUCGCCGCCUGACAAAAAUGAUCCCCCUCCAACAUCCUCCCCGAAACUGACAAAGUUGGGACAGUUCAAUGUGAAGGACGAGUCUCCUUCAACGAGUCCCAGCCUUCAGCCUGGAAGUCUCUUUUUCAGUCGGGACAAUGCAACAAAGUCUAGUACCCCAGUCAAAGUGUCUCCUCAGAGUGAGCGGUUGAGUUACGCUGCUGCUGCCCUGCAGGUUGGUGGCGGCUCCCAUUCGUCAGGCCAAGCGUCCUCCUCCAGCUCUGCCUCACCACAGACGCCAGCGAAGAGAAAAUUUGAGUUCAGCAAAGAGCGUCAGUCUGACUCCGGCCCGCCGCCCUCGAAGAAAACAGGGCCGGUUGGCUCACUGGAGGGUAAGGCUGCGACCCCCAAACACAAGCCGAGCCCGGCCAGCACGCCGAGCCCCGGCACCGCCAAAGCUUCCCCGGCACAAAAGUCUGCUGACAAGAAGCGGGAGAGCCAAUCCAAACCCGAGCCGAAACCCAAACAACAGAAAGCCAGCGGGACGCAGGUCCCAUUCAAACGGAUGAUGGAGGGGGUCGUGUUUGUCCUCAGCGGCUUCCAGAACCCCUUCCGAGGGGAGCUGAGGGAAAAGGCUCUGGACAUGGGAGCUAAAUAUCGACCCGACUGGACACCCGACGCCACACACCUCAUCUGUGCCUUCGCCAACACCCCCAAGUACAGCCAGGUGAAAUCAGCAGGGGGCAUCAUCGUACGGAAGGAGUGGGUAAUGGACUGCCACAAGAGGAAACAGAAGCUUCCCUGCAAACGGUAUUUGAUGGAUGGAGGAGAGUCAAGCUCGGAGAGCGAAAUGGAAGUGGACGACCAGAGUGAGGAGGAAAUGAACACAAAGAGUCCACAGAAGCUGCAGAGACAAGCAACCUCCAAAAAGACACCAGAGAAGAGAAAGGAAGAUAAAGAGUAUGCCGGCUCCACUGAUGUGGAAGAACCAGGAGGCAGUGAUGAGGAGUCUGCCGUGGACACGGAGGACGAGUUGCAGAGGGUGGAGAACGAGAGCAGACAGAAGAAAGCAGCAGCAGAGGGGAAGAAGGUGAAGCAGGAGGAUCCGUACGGGGGGUCGACAGAUGAAAACACAGACGCCGAGGCUGAAGAGGACCACCCUAUUCCUGUGCUACCAGACUUCCUGAGCGGAAAGCACUUCUUCCUCUAUGGUAAAUUCCCCAACAACGAGAGGCGCCUGCUGCUGCGGUACAUCGUUGCCUUUAACGGACUGAUUGAGGACUACAUGACGGAGACAGUGCAGUUUGUGGUGACCAGUGAAGGGUGGCACGACUCCUUUGAAGACGCGCUGGUGGAGAACGGCAAUCUGAACUUCGUCAAACCAGCAUGGAUUUAUGCAAUCAAUGAACGACAAAAGAUACUGCCCUACCAACCCUACACGGUCGUCCCCUGAACAAUGCGCUGCACGUACAGGCAGGUGUGCACGGACACACUCACACUUCAUAUCCUGACCAAUGGGGAACGCCACUGAUGCAUUUCUUUUUUCAGAUUUCCCCCGCUUCACUUUCAUAAAAGCAAUACACUUGUUCAUCAAUGCCUUCCCACUGACUGUGAACUUGCCAUUCAUGAAAUGUGUUCACGCCUUUAGGCUUUCAACACGAUGUUCUCACCUUUUGGCCAAGAUGGGAAAACGUCUUUCUUUUUUAAUGGUGUCUGUUGAGGUUAAUUCUCGGAUAAGGUUUAGAUUUAUUAUUAGCUUUUUAUUUGAAGUUUUUCAGUUCUAGCUUGGUCAGAAAGCAACGUCUUCGUCAUCGGUCGUGAACAAAGCACGCUCUCUCUGGUUCAGGACUUGUUUGAAUUCCUCGGCUCCUGUGCUGCAGUUUGCUGCUGCUCACCUCGGAUACCUCGGGCUCCAGCGUCUGGAAAUGAGUUAUCUGCCAGCGGCACUGAUAAGACUCUUGACUUGUGUAUGUGGCCAGACCAUUAUGAGACCAGCUCAAAGUCAGGUGAAAAGUGCCAUUUUAUUUAAGAAACCGGGACAACCCAAUUCUACAAAAUGAAUACUGGGGAACUGUUUGUUUUUUCUCCUUUUUAAUUGUAUUAAAUACCACGGGUUGGAAAGUGAUGAUGAUUUUCUGUGCGUUUAAAGUUUGAUACGUCUUGAGUUUGUGGUUUUUAUUCAUGUUUGUGUACUUAAUAAUAAAAGAAAUGGACCGGCUCGACAGAUGUGAGGACGUAAAACAGACGUCAGAGUUUUGCGUCUCUCGAGAUCUUCAGAACGCCUCUUAAGACGCAAGAUUUCAGGCUUACCUUCUGCUCGCUCGGCAGCUUCUUUAAGCUACUUUUUUUUUUGUUCUUUUACUACUUGAUUAUUUUGUCUAAAUAAAAGCUGUUUUAAUUAAA